AUGUUUGCUCAAAUUCGGACUCUUUUCAUCAACCGACUUCGUCUUGCGACAGUCGACGUUCUUCCUUGUGGUUUGAUCCGCAUUACAACAACUUCCUCGAUUUCAUGGAAACCAGGACAGCAUAUGUUUCUCCGAUUCCUCGGUCUAGGGGCUCACUGCCUAACAGCACAUCCGUUUACAAUCGCUUCGUUACCCCAAGAAGAGUCCUCGAAUAAGACGAAUGAAAUGACCGUCUAUGCCAAGCCUUACGAAGGGCUAACCAAAUCGCUUCAAAAUGCUGCUAGAGAUGUUUCUUCCCUUAAUUUAAGAGUUUUGAUUGAAGGGCCCUACGGUGGUGUAAGUUCUGGGUCAAUGGCAAGGUUCGACUCCAUUCUCAUCAUUACUGGUGGAUCUGGAGCUGCAUUCUCAUUUCCAGUCGUGGAGGACGUCUUAAGGACCUGCGCGACCGCGGAUUCAGCGGACCAGGUUCACGGGAAAACACUCAAGAUUAUUUAUGCAGCCCGCUCUUCGCUAAUGGCCCAGUGGUACGAAGAAAAAAUCAGGGCAUUGGUUUCUUGUUACCCUUCGAGCUCGAUUGUUUCAGUCUUAAUACAUACCACAUCGAUCACCAGCCCUCUUCAGAGCUGUAUUAGUAUGUCAAAAGAAUAUGCGUCUAGCGGGAUGGAUCAAACUUUGAAUGGAGAGAAGGAUUCAAUUAUACAUGAGCAUGGCCGGCCAUGCCUGGCCGGUGCCGUGGCUUCUCUGGCGGAGCAGGCCGCCGGAAAAUCGGCUGGAAUUGUUGUUUGUGGUCCACCUUCCAUGCUCCACGAUAUUCGCAAUGCAGCGGCAGAAGCCCAGAGGAAAGUAUUAGCUGGCGACGUUAAAGAGCUAUACUUGCACACAGAAUGCUUCUCGUGA